AUGGCUGAGGGUGGUCUGAGUAUGUGCUAUGUUGUUGGUGAGUUGGCUGCUGGCUUCUCAGCUUGGUCUGCUAAGCUCUGUUCUGGUCUGUUGCAUGUCGCUGGUUUUGAGGACAAGGAGGGAGAAGUUAGAUUGAAGGGAAUAUUGGAAAAAGCGGCAAUGGCGGACAAAACAGUGAUAAUAACAACUGUAAAUGGAGCAUGGACAGAACCAGGUUCUGUAUUUGAUCUGUUUCUUGAGAGCUUUAGAAUAGGGAAUCAAACUAGAAGGCUUUUGAAUCAUUUGGUAGUAAUAGCCUUGGACCAAAAGGCAUAUGAUCGUUGCUCAGCUCUACACCUUCAUUGUUAUGUUCUUAGCACCCACGGCAAGGACUUCUCUGGUGUGGUAUACUUUAUGAGCACUGGCUACGUGGACAUGAUGUGGAGAAGAAUUGAUUUAUUACAUUCUGUUCUUAAGUUGGGAUACAACUUCAUUUUCACGGAUGCUGAUGUAUUGUGGUUUCGUGAUCCAUUUUUGCAUUUUUAUUUGGAUGGUGAUUUUCAAAUUUCAUGUGAUUUUUUUCGAAGCAACCCUUCAGAUAUAAAUAAUCAACCAAAUGGAGGUUUUAACUAUGUAAAAUCAAAUAAGCAUACGAUCAAAUUUUACCAAUUUUGGUACACUUCAAGAGAGACUUAUCCAGGUCUACAUGAUCAAGAUGUGCUUGAUAAAAUAAAAUUUGAUCCAUUAUUCAGUAUCAUUGGUGUAAAAAUGAGGUUUUUGGAUACGGCGUACUUUGGUGGGUUUUGCCAACCUAGCAAAGAUCUCAAUCAUGUUUGUACAAUGCAUGCAAAUUGUUGUAUUGGUUUAGAUCAUAAAGUUCAUGACCUUAAAGUUAUGCUUGAGGAUUGGAGGAAAUUUUUGUCGUUACCAACUAAUGUAAAGGCAUUACAAUCAACCUCUUGGACUAUUCCUCAAAAGUGCAGUUUACAUAAUUUACAAUUUUAUCACUUAGACGAAGAAGACAAAAUGUAG